AUGGCGUCAUCGCAGGGUCCUGUGAGCACGACAGCGUCGACGUGCACGCCGGAGACGGCGCGCGGCCGGCACACGUUCAAGAUCUCCGGGUACAGCCUGCACAAGGGCCUCGGCGCCGGCAAGUUCAUCCGCUCCGCCACCUUCUACGUCGGCGGCCACGGCUGGAGCAUCCGCUACUACCCCGACGGGCACACCGGCAAGGACGGCAGCAAGGAUUUCAUCUGCGUCUACCUCGAGCUCAUGGCGGAGAAGGGCUGCUGCGCCGCUGCCGCCGUGGUGCGGGCGGUCUACGACCUGAGGCUGGUGGACCAGCUCACCGAGGAAUCGAAGGUCAUCUUCAAGCCGGUGACGCCGAGGGCGUUCAGCGGCGAGAGCCCGGCCUGGGGCUCCCGGUGGUUCAUGCGGCGGACGGAGCUGGAGGCGUCGACGUACCUGCGAGAGGAUCGCAUCGUGAUCGAGUGCAACGUCACCGUCAUUGUCGCAAAGCCGGAGGGUGAACCCCAGGCAAUAGGUGAGGUUCAAGCACCGCCAUCGGACUUGUCGGCCGAUUUCGGGAAGUUGCUGCAGAUAGGGGAGAGUGCUGAUGUGGUGUUCAAGGUCCAAGAUGAGACUUUCCGUGCGCACAGGAUCGUGCUCGCGGUGCGCUCACCGGUGUUCAAGGCGGAGCUCUACGGACCAUUGAAAGACAAUAAGAACAGUGGGAUCAUACUAGUUGAAGAUAUACAUCCUGUUGUUUUCAAAGCGUUGCUUCACUUCAUGUACACGGAUUCCUUACCGGCAAUGCAUGAUCUUGAUGGGGAUGAGAACAAAGAAAUCAUCAAGCAUUUAUUUGUGGCUGCGGACAGAUAUGGCAUGGAAAGGAUGAAGUUGGUGUGUGCAAGCAUCCUUAGCAAGAGGCUUGAUGUUGAGAGUGUGUCGGACACCUUAGCUCUAGCUGACCGGCAUAGUUGCAGUAAGCUCAAAGAUACCUGUAUUCAAUUCAUCAUCUCUUCAAAUAGCAUGGAUGAAGUGGUAGCAAGCCGAGGAUACAAGGAACUCAAAAGAGUAUGUCCUGCUGCCACCGUGGAAUUAUGGGAGCAAGCAUCAAAGUCACAAAAGAUUGUGUAUGCUGAGCAGCGUGAACGCGUCGUAGAUGAGCUAGAUUAA